CUUAAGUAUUAUAGUAAUAUAAAUAUAUAAUUUAAUAUUAAACUAUCAUGGUAAAUGAUAGUCUGUUAUGUCAUGUAGUUCCGACCUUUUAUUGUGUAUAUGUUCUACAAUCUAUUCCUAAACCUCGAUCAUUUUAUAUAGGUUCAACCCCAGAUCCAAAUCGAAGAUUGCGACAACAUAAUGGAGAAUUAAAACGAGGUGGAGCGUAUAAGACUAAACGAGAUGGGUUUAGACCUUGGAAAGUUGUAAUGUUAAUUUAUAAUUUCCCAUCCAAAAUAUCUGCCUUACAAUUCGAACAUUCUUUACAACAUCCUUAUCAAACAAGACAUAUAGAUGAAAUUAAUAGAGUUACAAUUAAAAAAGGUACUACUUCAUUACAAAAUAUUAUGGCUAAUGUUAGAUUACUAUUAACAAGUAAUUUUUUCAAUCCCCUUGAUUUAAAAAUAUUAAUAUGUGAUGAUAAUGAUGACCAAUCCUUAAUUAAGAUUUGGAAUAUUAAUAAGUAUAAGAUAGAUAUCCCAAAUUAUAUAAAUGUAGAUGUACAACCCUUACAAGAAUUCUUGUUAGAUGAUAAAAAUCUGAUUAAAUCUAACAUGUUCGAGACCCUUAAACAAAAUCUAUUAAAAGAAUCUUCAACUUGCAGCAUUUGUAGCUGUAAAAUUGAUUAUUCUCCUGAAACAGUUCCCUCCUUUAAAAGUAAGAAACAAAUUAAUGAAUUUCGACAACAAGGUAAUUUAAGGCUAAUUGGGGCGUGUAUGCAACUGGAAUGUAAUUCAUUUUUCCAUUUAACUUGCAUGGCAAUGAAACAUACCAAUGAUAAUUCACUAAUACCUAAAUAUAAAUCUUGUACUGUAUGUAAUGAAGAUCUCGAUUGGUUACUGGUUGUUAAAAUAGCUACAAGAUUACGAAGUUAUCUUUUAAGAGAUAGUUUAAAUGAUUGAAUUGCAUAUUAUUCUAAAAUUUAUAAUGUAUAAUAAUAUAGUUUAUUUUAUUUUAUUUUAUUUUAUUUUAUUUUAU